ACCCGGAAUUCCUAAGCCACACCCCCACAAGUUUUCCACUUUCCUCUUCCUCCAUUCGAUUCUUAACGCCGCUCAUCCCGCGGUCCCCUCUCCGCCGCUUGCCUCGCUUCCUCCGCCCAUGGCCGCCGCCGCCACCACCACCACGACGUCCUCUUCCUCGUCGCCCACCGCCCAGAAUCCGAACCCCUUCAACCUUCCGCCAUGGCUCCGCUGCCCCCUCAUCACCUUCCUCUGCCCGCCCCCUCCGCCGCCGCCCACUCCACCGCCUCCUCCCCCCCCGCCGCCGCCAGAGGCAGUGGUGGUGGCUCCGGAGCCGCGGCGGAGGCGUCCGGGUCUGCGGGUCACCACGGAGUACGACAGCGAGGAGGCCGUGUUCGCGCACAAGGUGUCGUGCAAGCUCACGGGGGGCCUCGCCAAGCUGCGGCUCUCGUUCCAGACCGACCCGCAGGGGCAGGGGGAAGACCCGCGGCAGCUCUUCGCCGCGCCGGUGCUGGGUUUCUCUACCAAGCACUUCUCCGUGAUGUACGACGUCGAGCGCCGCAACGCGCUGCUCCGUGGUGACGCCUCCCUCCCCGGCGGGGCCGUCCAGCUCCGCGCCUCGCACGAUGUCAAGGACCAAGAAGGAGAAGUUGCAGUGAUCACUAGGUUGGGUGAUCCGUCUUAUAAACUUGAGCUAUCAUCGUUGGUGCCUUACAGCGGUUUGCCAAGAGCAACACUCCACUUUCCAAUUGGUCAAGUUUCAAUGGAAGAGAGGAGAAAUGAAGAUGGCGAGAAAAUGUUGUCUGUAUAUGGGAUUGGAAAGUCUGAUUUUUUAGAUGGCAUUCUUACUGCUCAGUACAGUGAAAAUGAUUUGAAUCUAAGAUAUUGUUAUAAGGACAAUGAAUUAACUUUAAUUCCCACCGUCUCCUUGCCUUCCAAUGCAGUAUCCCUAGACUUCAAAAGGCAUUUUGGUUCUUCUGAUAAGUUAAGCUAUCAUUAUAACUUCGACACUGAUGACUGGCAUGCUGUUUAUAAGCAUACAAUUGGUAAAAAUUACAAACUGAAAGCUGGUUAUGAUUCAGAGGUGCGAGUUGGAUGGGCUUCCAUUUGGGCUGGACAAGAAGAGGGAAAAGCAAAGGCUGCACCGAUGAAGAUGAAGGCUCAGCUUAUGCUUCAAGUACCCCAGGAUAAUUUCCGCAAUCCUUCAGUGCUAUUCCGAGUGAAGAAAAGGUGGGAUCUGUAGAAUUGCAUCCCCAGGAUACAGUCGGUGCUGGGUACUGAGGCUUCGGACAACAACCUUCUUUGUUAAGCUGCGUAGGGCACCGAUCGCUACAUAUUCUUUCAGUCCUUUCUAUUUAUCAUGUUACUUUGGCUUAUUGUACAUAGUGGUCAUCGGUCCGCACCAGAAGCAAUCUUACUUCGUGUAGGAAGUGUAUUGAUGUUAAGAGGGUUGUCAUUUAGUGUAAUUCCACAUAUCCAGUUGCAACUUUGUAUUUGGUGGAGAUUGGUUCGAGACUGAUCGUGCAUAUUUCGGAAAUGAAUUUUGCUGGUGGGGUGGAAGAAA